AUGCAGACGGGAUUCGUUCAACGUAGCCCUGCCAUUUGUAUGCACGUGGAACGUUUUGGGGAUGCACGAACGGACAUAGAUUUCGUACGACUGAUGCACGGAGGAACGGAAUGCGGGAAAGGCACCGACACGGUGGUCGAGCUCGAAAGAUCCGGGGUCGCAUUUAGGGGAAACAUGGCUGCCAGCAACUUGUUCUCUGAAGACGUGGUCUGCCGUAUUAAUAGGCAGGGAAAUGUGGAUGUUGGCAUCGUGGUGUUCGGUGGCUCCGGGUCUAUGGACUCGGAGGAUUCGGACUUUGAUGAGGAAUUUAAUCGAUUGAAGUCCGGCCAAGUCCUUGUCGCAUGGCACCACAACAACAAGGAACAAGCUGCUUCUGAGCACAAGAUUGUCCUGGCAGACAGGUCUCUGAUGAUGGGAGAUGUGGUGCGGCUCAAUUCUGAACCUCAGGGACAGAAAGGAUAUUGCCUUAACAUAGAAGUGAAGUGUGCGGUCCAGGUUGUUGGCACCGAUUGUGUGAUACCCGAAGUCUCAACUAAAAAGCUGAAACCACUGCUGGAUAUUCAAGAGAAUGUGACUGUCUGCUAUGAGUCAUGGGUGGGAAUAGUAAAAGAUGUCCAGUACCAGAUCCUUGUCCAAUUCAAAGAUGGCUCUAGGUGCUACAUCACAGAUGAAGAUGCAGAGGGUUUUGAUGAUAUUACAGGACCAGUUAGGAAAGAGCUGGGAUUGGAGUACUACAACAAUUUUUACCCAGGACAGAGGCUAUCAGGAAAAAUGAAGUAUUUCCAGCAUGCAACAUGGGUUGUUUGCAACAAUGAAGUGAAACAAUGGCGACGGAAGCCCCUCCGUGAGGUUGUUAUUAUCAUUGUGGAAGUGGGAAUCAAGGCUGUUGAUGUCCAUUGGUUAAUGAAGAUAAAAGCAGACCCCAGUUCAGAGAAGAAUUCACCUCCAAAGGAAACUGUGUCUGGAGACCAAAUCAAUUGGUUUGUGAUCCAGAACAUAUUUUCUCCUUUGUAUCAUCAAGUGGGAGACAAGUCAAAGUAUACCAUCCAAGAGUCUGACUCUCUACUUAUUAAGGCACAGUGGCAAGAAGCUUUACUUGACUAUCUGCGCAACAAAACUCUCCCAUGCUCUGAUGGUCAAACAGUGAAAGGCCAAGGCUCAAGGCGAAAGAAAAAGAUGGCAAAAGAAGCAGAGGAUGAUGGGGAACUGGGAGAUGCUUUGCCCCUCUGUGAUGGAAGGCUCGAUGGGAAAGAAAAAGCAGAGGAACCAGGAGAUGCUGGAGAUAGCAGUGAUGAAUAUGAGGACAUUGAGAAUGAGGGUGAAUUUGGUGGGGGGAAAACCAUUGGGUUCCUUACCAAGCUUCCUGGGGAGAGAGGAAGAGCAGGUUCACGCAAGAGGAGAGCCAAGAAUUCAACACCUAGGGGGAUUUAUUUAUCUCGACAGAAGCAUCCAUCAGACUCAAAAUCACCCAGGAAGCCAGCUGUCAGACCUGGUGAAGAAGUUAUAGUUGACACACUGCUCACAUAUUCUAUUAUUGAUGUGAUGUGGCAGGAUGGGACCAUCUCGAGGGGAAUCCCAUCUCGAGAUCUCUUCCCAGUUUUGAACCUGAACGAGAUGGAGUAUUUCCCUGGUGACUUUGUUCUUCCUGCAAAUGAGUGCAUGCUGCAUCACCCUCGAUAUGGAGUGAUUCAGAAGGUUCAGCACGAAGACCUCAUCGCCGUUGUGAAAUGGUUUCGCAUCAAGCAUUAUGCUGACCGAGCCACGUGUGAGUUUGAGAAGGAGGAAGAGUGUGGUGUUUAUGAACUGAGAGAGCACAGUGAUUAUGAACAGAUGCGCCCUGGGACUGUUGUAGUCCAUCUCUCCAAUAUGUUUGGCUCUGUCACAUCUCUCAUGGACCUCUCAAAAGCAACAGAGGACUCAAAGAACCAGGAACCUGUCACUGGUCAGGUUCUUCUCGUUGGGACUGAUGGCAAGUUGAGGGUGAGAUGGCUGAAUGGUACUGAAAGUCUGUGCCACCCGUUUGAGCUAUUCUGGAUCAAUCCUGAAGAUGAGGAAAUGAUGAAUGGCUCUCCAUCAUCAUCUUCUUCAGAAGUUGGGUCCAUUGAAGAUGUGGUAGAUGAUGCAGACGAAGGUGGCUCCAGCAUUGAGUCAUGGACCACGGCUUCUGAAGACUCUUUUCAUUUGAGGAGCAAAACUGCCAUACCUGUUGACAUUUGGCAGCAGCUUGGUGUAGCAACAGAUAUGAUAAGUAGUGCUCUCAAUGCAGAGGUAGUAGAAGAGGCUCUAUCUGUUUCCAACAUCCCUGAAGUGUUCACUCGUGUCUUCAAGAUAUUCAGGCUGGACCCAGAGGAUGUAGAAGAAACUCUCGCAGAACUGCGAAUGUCAACAGAAUCUGCAUUGUCCACAGAGUCCUCAUCUGUGAUGAGGGAUAUUCUUGAAGGCUUUUCCCUCUUCAUGAACUGCCUCAGUGGAAAUUUGUUGGAGGAGCUGAAGAAUGAGAGGAACAUCCCACUCUCCAAUGAAGCAAUAUCUGUUGCUGCUGCACGAGAAAUUCUUAAUAGCAUCCAGAGGACAUGCUCCAAGAUGGUCCAUCAAACCAGUGAAUCCAAGGAUAAGGAACAUGAGAGUGAUGACAUUCUUCUCCAGUCUCCUCUAAGCUCCUGUGAUAUACCUGCCAGUGCCAAUUCCAGUGUUCAUGUCAAUCCUAAUGUGGGUGAUGACGGCAAGCCAGAAGCAGAUAUGAUCAUAGGUAGUCCUGCAAAUGAAGGACAUCCAAAUUCUAAUGAAGAGCCAAAGGAGGGCUUUCAAGAGCCUAUGUCUCCAACAUGGGGUCUCAUAUUGAAUGCAGAGCCAUACUACAAUGAAGCAGGUUAUGAGAAAUAUAGAGGGACAGAUGAAGCUUCGGAGGACUCCCGUCGUUAUAAUGAAAUGGUUCUGACCAAAGUUGUUCAAUCCAUGACAAACAUCAUCCAAAACCGUCCAUUACCAUUCCAAAAGGAGGUCAUGCAACAUUUGGAACGCAUCUUCCUUAGAUUUUUGCAUCGGAUGGAGAGCAUCUUGAAUUCUGAUCAAGGUGGAGUAUCUCUAAGCUUCCCUCUCCUGCCCACAUCUCGUGGCUUCCGUAUUUCCCUGGAGAAAGGCCUCAAUCAGCUCAAAGCCGUUGCUGCAGACCACAACCUGCUCCCCAUAUCCCUCUCCCCACCUAUAGUCUCUUUUGCACUGAGAUACCCGAGCCGAAUGGGUCAACUGCUUCAGCAGUCGCAGACAUUUGCAGUGAAUUUCCUGGCUAAGAACCAGGUUGCUCUUGGCAUCCACUUUGGUAAACCUCCACCCAAUGAAGGAUCUCACAGUCAGUUUGAUGAUGUCUCUCAUAUUAUGUCUCCAGAGGGGCUACCACUACUCACUGGUGUAGUUUCAGGCGAUGAAUUAUUUCUUGAUGCCUUUGAGAACCAAAGUCUCCCAUUUGAAGACUGGACCCAUGAAGCGCACCUUCGCAUGGCAUGGAAUUAUAUCCAAGAGCAUGGUCCAAUUGAAGCUAUACCAUUCAUCAAGAAUGGAAUAAAAAAGUACAAUGAAAGGCACCAGAAGAGGAUUCAGCGAGGAUAUCAUGAAACAGUCACAAUGUUUUACAUUCACAUGGUGUCAGAUGCCAUUCAACAGUUCCAAGGGGCAACCAACUUUGAUGAUUUCAUCUGUCAACAUCAUCAUCUUCUAAAAAGGAACCUGCUCUUUGAAUAUUAUUCUCAAUCUGUGAUACAAACUCAGGAAGCAAAAGAGAGAAGCAAAUGUGGAGAGACACCGAGCUGCCAUAUGCCUGACUGCUGUGAAAGCUUCAGCAAUGCAUGCAUUGCAGAGAAGAGUCAAGCUCUCCUGCUCUAUUAUUGUCUGCUGAGCCAGCUUUUGAAUGUUGAGUCUUUGAUCCUCAAGAAGAUCUCUCCUCUUUUGAUUCACCUUCAGACUCUUCAUUACUCCACUUUCAACUACCUUUGCAAACUCUUCAAUUUGUUGGAGGAUCCCUUGGAUGCCAUUAGGAAUCUCUUCUUCUCAAGUACAACUUUGGGGUCAAAAGAUUUUAAGCUCAUCCACUGGGGCAUUGCUGAUGCAUUGUUGCCUGCACCACCACUGCCAGGAACAGGGAUUGGAUUCCAUUGGGGUACAUUGGAUCCAAUGUGGGAUGCUGCUUGUCCACAAGCAACCCGUGUUUCCCAACUAUGGUUUCGGCAACACUUGAAGAGUCGAGACAGCAGGAAAACAUGCUCUGUACUUGGGAAACUUCUCAGGAAACCAUCCAGUUCUCAAAUCAAGCAUAUCAUCAUGAAUGACUGCAUGCUGAAGCCAGAAUAUGUCAUCUACAUAGCUGAAGGGUUAAGCUUGAAUUCUAGUGUGGAAACAUUGGAACUCAAGGGGAAUAAUAUUAGAGGGCUUGCUUGUGAAGCUCUUGGGAGAUUCCUGCAAGUCAACUCAAAGAUAAGAAGGUUGAAUCUGGAAUGGAAUUCCUUGGGAUCCUCACCAGGAUCCUUUGCAGUGUUUUGUGAAGGAGUAGGAAGGAAUGAGUCCUUGAAAUACUUGGAUAUCAGGAACAAUCAGAUCAAGGUAGAUGCUGCAGAAGAUCUUGCUUCCUUGAUUAGAAGAAAUAGCACUUUGCAGUACAUUGAUCUGAGGUGGAAUGAGAUUGGGUUGAUUGGGGGGCGAAAAAUCUCAGCUGCAAUGAAGCAAAAUCGACAUUUGCAGACACUGUGUUUGACUGGAAAUGAUAUUCCAGAAGAGGUCCUUGCUGCUAUUGCUGCCAUCGCUCAGGGGAACAAAGAGCGGACCAUGAUGAGAGAUCAUCAGGAAGCCCAGUUGAGGUCUGCAAAGUUUGCAUUGGAAAGUCUGGAGAGAGAGAGAAAAGACCAAGUGAAAAAGCUUUUGCAUGCUCUCAAAGGAAGGGAACAGGAUCUUAGCAAUGUUCAAAGAUCCAAAGCUGUGCUUGAGAAGGAGAUGACUACAGCCCUCAGAGAAAAUGAAGAAAGGAUGGAGGAACUAAAAAAAAUUUUGAGGCAAAAAGAGCAAAAACUGACUGUGUUGCUUCCUGUGGUGGGACAGGUGUCGCACCUUAAGGAUGGACUGCAAUCCUUGAGGCAAGAGGUCAUCACUAUUGACUCAGAGGAUAUGAGACGAAGAUUUGGGGAUGAUCUCUUAUCUCAAACUCAGAGCUGCAUUGAUCUGAGGAAAGCCCUCAGUGUCAUGGAGGCUGAGAAUCAGCGACUUAAGUACGACCUUUCCAUGUCUCAGAAUGAAACUGCUGCUAUAUUGGAAGAAAAAGAAGACCAGAGAAGAGGACUUGAAGAAGCCUUAGAAGCACAGAGGAAGAGAUGGCAAGAGCAGCUGCAAACAAAGGAGGCCAAGUUCUCAAGUGAGAAAGAAGUCAUUCUUGCUGACUAUCAAAAAGUUGUAGAGGACUUGCAAGCAACAGUGGAUACUGCCAAAGAAGAAAGAAAAAAAUUGGCUGAUGAGAAUCAUACACUGCAAGCAGAUCUCCAAAGGAAGGAUGGAGAGCACAAGAAACAGAUCGUGAAGCUACAGGAAGAGUAUCAGGCCAGGCAGAAGAAAGGGAAAGAGCUUGAAAAUGAAAGCAACAAGGUGAAAUCCCUGCAGAGAGAUUUAGAAGCGAGGAAAGGGGAAAUUGAAAGACUCCAGGGAACCAUACUAGAUAAGGUGGAUGAAAUCUCACAUCUCAAAAAUGAAGAGAAGGAGAGACAGCUAGCCCUGAAGUCAGCCCUUAUGCCUUUCCUCACCAAAGAUUCCUAGAAGAUGGUGUCAUUUUUUUCCAUUUAGACUCUGUUCAAAACAAUGUCUUAUACCUUUCCGCCUAUUUUAUCAUCUCAAAUAAAUCCAAUCAAGUUGAACUGUGU